UUUGAAUUUUUUUUUUUUUUUUUUUUAGACAGAGUCUUGCUCUGUUGCCAGGCUGGGGUGCAGUGCCGUGAUCUUGGCUCACUGCAACCUCCGCCACCUGGGGUCAAGCGAUUCUCCUGCCUCAGCCUCCCGAGUAGCUAGGAUUACAGGCGCACGCCCGGCUAAUUUUUGUAUUUUUAGUAGAGAUGGGGUUUCACCGUGUUGGCCAGGAUGGUCUCGAUCUCUUGACCUCAUGAUCUGUCCGCCUCGGCCUCUCAAAGUGCUGAGAUUACAGGCGUGAGCCACCACGCCUAGCUGUUUUUCAAUUUUUUUUUUUUUUGUAGAGAGGUGUCUUGCUAUGUUGGCCAGGCUGGGACUAGAAUGUUUUUGUUUGCUCUUUUAGCCCUAGCACACAGUACUUGGUACAUAGUAGGUCCUCAAUAAAUAUUUAUUGAAUGAAGGGACAGAAAUAAACAUUUGAUGUUUAGGAGGUAGGACCCAUAGUUCUUUGGUAAAAGACUAGUGUGCUGUGGCUCACACCUGUAAUCCCAGCACUUUGUGAGGCCAAGGCAGGUGUAUCACUUGAGCCUAGGAGUUCAAGACCAGCCCUAGCAACACAGCGAGACUUCGUCUCCACAAAAGAUUAAAAAAUAAAAAUUAGCCAGGCGUGGUGGCAAACGCCUGUAGUCCCAGCUACUCAGGAGGCUGAGGUGGGAGGAUCACUUGAGCCCAGAAGUUCAAGGCUGCAGUGAGCCAUGGCUGAGAGCGAGACCCUGUCUCAAAAAAAAACCAACCAAACAAACAAACAAAAAAGGAAACUGGAUGUAGGCAGUGAAGGAGAGGGAAGAGUCACAGGUCAUAUGAGGCUGCUGGUUUGGACAACUGGGUAGCUGAUGGUGCCAUACCCUGACAUAGCACAGGCAUAUUGAGCUCACUAUUGUCUGAGAUAAGGCAUUGCACUCCAGGAGUCUGAGGUAUAGGAAGUCCUGGGAGGAGGAAGGGCUGCCUGUCCAACACUCUGACCGUAUGGAAUAUGCCUGAAUUCUGCCAUUUCUUAGCUUUAGGGCUCUGGAUACAGUCAUCCCUUGAUAUCCACAAGGGGUUGCUUCCUGGACCUUCUCAGAUAAUACCAAAAUCCGUGGAUGCUCAAGUCCCUUAUAGCCCGCCAUAUCCACAAGCUAUCCAUGGAUAUGGAGGGCCAACUGUAAUUACUUAACCUCUUUGAACCUGUUUCCUCAUCCGCAAAUUGGGGGUCAUAUUCCUCCCUCAUGGAAUUGUUGCAUUCUAGGGUGCUUGGCGCAACAGAGUGCCUGUGCCACGUGCUUAGUAGGCACCGUAAAGACGGUGGUUAGUACCACUGCUAUGACACUUGGAAGAUCUCUGACUGUUAAAAAGUUGUUUCUUUUUUUUCUUCCCCCACGCAACCCCCGCCAGGGAAUAGACCUGUUUAUGAGCCUCCAAAAAAAAAAAAGUAAAGUAAACAAAACUUUGAAAAAUAGUGUUUAAAACUCAGGGAUAUCUUUGGGGUCACAGGGCCUGUCAUUUCUUUUAUUAUUAUUAUUAUUUAUUUUACUUUAAGUUGUGGGAUACAUGUGCUGAAUGUGCAGGUUUGUUACAUAGGUAUACAUAUGCCGUGGUGGUUUGCUGCACCUGUCAACCUGUCAUCUAGGUUUUAAGCUCCACAUGCAUUAGGUAUUUGUCCUAAUGCUCUCCCUCCCCUUUCCCCCCACCCCUCAAUAGGCCCCGGUGUGUGAUGUUCCCCUGCCUGUGCCCAUGUGUUCUCAUCGUUCAACUCCCACCUAUGAGUGAGAACAUGUGGUGUUUGGUUUUCUGUCCCUGUGUUAGUUUGCUGAGGAUGAUGGUUUCCAGCUUCAUCCAUGUCCCUGCAAAGGACAUGAACUCAUUCUUUUUUAUGGUUGCAUAGUAUUCCAUGGUGUAUACAUGCCACAUUUUCUUUAUCCAGUCUAACAUUGAUGGGCAUUUGGGUUGGUUCCAAGUCUUUGCUAUUGUAAAUAGUGCUGCAGUAAACAUACGUGUGUAUGUGUCUUUACAGUAGAAUGAUAAAAAGUUGUUUCUUAUAAUGGGUCAAGAUCUCUGUCCUAUAAUCUCUCAUUCUGGUCUUAGUUUUGCCCUCUGUACCAACCAGAAUGUUCUCCUUCACAUUCCUGUUCUCCUUACUACAGUCUCCCUUCUUCAGCCUAAACACCCCUCGUCUGUCUUCCCAGGACAUGGUUCCCUGUCCCCUUACUUUCUUGGCCACGCUCCCUUAGUCAAGCUCCAGUUUGUCACAGUCCCUCUGCAUAUAAAGCCUCUAGAACUGGACUUGAAACUCCCAUGCAUGUUGAGACCAGUGCCUGGUUCCUGUUGCUCACCUCGUCACCCUAGAUUAUGACCUCCGUUGCCCCAACUCUUUCAUGAGGGUCUUUUAUUCUUUCUUCCUCCUUCUAGCCCCUGCUUCCAAAUUUGACAUCUUCCUGCCUGGUCCUUUUUUGUAGACUUUACCUCUGGCCUUUCUGAUACUACCUUCUAGCCCCUUCAUUUCUGAUCAAACACCUAAUCUUGAUCAUUUUCCUCACUCCUUCUCCAGGCCCAUAUAGUCUGGUUCAGGCUCCCACUCAGCUGUGAUGCUCCCAAAUGCCCCCUGGAGACCUCAGUGUUUUACAUGACCCAGCUUUUCUCUCCUUCCCCGUGGCCAUCUCUAUUUCCAGGAGCACUUGUAGGCACUGCCAGAGCUCUGCCUCUUGCCACCCCCAUUGCCACUUCUAACCUCACCACCACCUCUGCUGUCUGCCGCUCUCUUCCCUCUUCUGUCCACAUUUUGUUCUCCUUGGUAUUCUCUGCUCUCUCCUUUCACUGCCACCACUCCAGGACUUCUCAGCUUUGGCUUCUCAGGAACCCAAAUCCUGCCUUCUGGCUGGCAGACCAGUCACACCAUAUUGUCUAUGAUCUCUACGUCUUUGGCUCGGCCCAACUAUUUUGGUCUCUGCUUGUACUCUGAGAUUUUUCUUACUUUCCUCUGGGUUUACACCUCUUUCUGCACUUAAAGGGUGACAGACAUCUUAAGAGUUGGUUAACUGAGCUGUAAAGGUUAGACUUCUUACGUGGCUGAUGAUUGAUUAAUGGAUCUAGGUGUAAAGAGAUGAAAGCAAGGUCAUUGUGUCUAAAAGUGAAUGGGACUUUUUUCCUUCAGUGGAUUUUAUCUUUUUUUUCAAAUGGAACAAUGGAACCUAUUGCCUCAUCAAGCAAGGAAGUCAAAUCACAAUAGAUUGAAUUUCAGCAAGUGUUUUUUGAAACCUCUAAUAGAUACCAGGAAUUGUGCUUGGUGCUUUCAGUGUAUUACUAAAUCUUCCCAAGAUGAAGUCCCUUCCUUGAUAUCCAGGCAGUGCCUCCUAGAUCAACUGUUCAUUCAUUAACUCAGUUAUUAUUUCUUGUGUCAGACACUGUGCUAAAUACUAUAACAGAUACAAAAAUAAAUAUGACACCAUCUCUGUUCUCCAGGAACUCAAUCUAGUGGGAAAAACAGACAUAUCCAUGACUGGGUAUGAUACAUUGUGGUAGUUGUGUGUACAAAGUACUGCAGGAGUAAAGAGGGCACCCACUAGCUCUGACAGGGAGAGCUAAGGAAGGUUUAACAAAGGAGGUGACAUUGAGCUAGACCUUGAAGGAUGAGUAGGAGUUUGCUAAUGUGCAUAAAGAGAAUGGGUUUUGGAGGCAGCAGAAACAGCCUGGAACUGUGAAGGGCAGAGAGUGCUUUGGACUUGCUAUGACUGGAAUGUAGAACACUUGCUCUUGCCUCAGGAGUUCUGCCCAGAGAAGGCAGAGGAUUGUCUGGGUCACAGAGAAAGUGAGUGGCAGAGACAGGAUUAAGCAGCACGAAUUAGAAUUGUCCAACCCCGAUCCAUCUUCCUUAGCCUCUAAUACACACACACAGACACACACACACACACACACACACACACACACACACACACACACAUAAUGCUAGUCCAACCUCUUGUCCUGUCCCCUGGCUUAGAUGCUGUCAUUCGACUGCCCCCACCCCAUUUGCCCUUCUAGGAGUGUGCCCCUAGGCUCUGAGGAUUGUCCCCAGAGAACCCGGGAGAGAAACAGAGCCUAGAGAAUAUUAGAGAAUACACUAAUACUGGCCCACCCCCACCAUGUGUCUGAUCCAUCCCAGUGUUUAGUUCUGGCCUAGACAUUUGCCUAUGACCUGAGUCCAUAGAUCCUAACUCCUGAUGUGGCCAGGAUAGACUCUGUGAUGUUCGUAAUGGAUUUGGAUGGGCUGUGAGAUGCUCCUUGCUUGAGUAUCCCAGAAAACGAGCUGCGUAAACCAGGUUGCCAGCUUUUUACUGAGGAGGAGCUACUUUUAAUUCCCAGAGCACUGGAACGCUAGAGUGGGCUUAUGUAGAAGACCCCCUGUUCCUCACUUCCUACCAUAAGCAGGAAUGAAAAUUUUUAAAUUCCAUGCUAGCUUCGAGGUGGAUGCUCAAAAAAUACUCCAUUGGCUGACUGGCUUGUGAGUAGUUAUCUGUUCAGAGGUCCCUAGCUAUUUCCCAAAUGGUGUAAUUCAUCUUAGUCAAAUUUUUAGAGAACCAGUAGAGUCCGUUGGCAGAUAGGGAGGCACUGGAUAUAUUUUAGGUUUGUACCACACCUCUUUUGGGGAUGUCUUGAGGCAGCUUACAUAUUAAAACAUAAUGUCUUGUGGCUCUACGCCUGUAAUCCCAGCACUUACGGAGGCCAAGGCGGGUGGAUCACCUGAGCCCAGGAGUUCAAGACCAGCCUGACCAAAAUGGUGAAACCCCAUCCCUACUAAAAAUACAAAAAUUACCUGGGCAUGGUGGCACAUGCCUGUAAUCCCAGCUACUUGGGAGGCUGAGACAGGAGAAUCACUUGAACCUGGGAGGCAGAGAUUGCAGUGAGCCGAGAUCGUACCACUGCACUCCAGCUUGGGCAACAGAGUGAGACUCCAUCUCAAAAAUAAAAAUAAAAUAAAAAUUAAAUUUAAAAAAAGCCCAUAAUGUCUUUAUGUAAGUCUUUUAAGGAUGAAACAUAAAACUUGGUGGUCUGAAUGAUGAAAAAAGUAAUGGUUACUUCCAAACAUCCCCAUGCUCAACAAAUAAGCUAUAAAUUUGGCUGAAAAGUUCCUGGGAGAAAGACAAAAAGGGAAACACAUUGGGUUAUCCAGUGUUCCUUUUCUUAUACCUUAAAGUAUACAGAAUAUCCUAUAGGGAAAACAUUUUCCUCAAGCUAAAGCCUAAUAGAAAGUAAUUGUGUUUGGUCCUAAGAAAGUUGAGUGAGAAGGUGAAGGGUAUGUAAUUCCAUUUAGCCGUCGUUUCUCCAUAUCCACUCAGCACCAGGCCCUAUGCAGUGUCCCCAGUCUUCUGGGAGAUGCUGUCAUGUCCAUAAGUCACCCAAGAGAAAGAAGACCUGACCGCAAAAGAUGAACUGCCCUCCAUAGGACCCACAAGAACUGGCUCUUGGUCCAAGGAGCACAUGGGAGGGCAGGAUGGCUAGAUUUCAAAAAGCAAGAGUCAAAUGGCCAGGCACGGUGGCUCAUGCCUGUAAUCCCAGCACUUUGGGAGGCCAAGGCAGGUGUAUCACUUGAGGUCAGGAGUUCAAGACCAGCCUGGCCAACAUGGUGAAACCCCAUCUCUACUAAAAAUACAAAAAUUAGCCAGGCAGUAGUGGCAUGUGCCUGUAAUCCCAGCUACUUGGGAGGCUGAGGCAGAAGAAUCACUUGAACCUCGGGGGUGAAGGUUGCAGUGAGCCGAGAUCACACCACUGCACUCCAGCCUGGGCAAGAGAGCAAGACUCCAUCUCAAAAAAAGAAAAAAAAAAUCUGCUCAGAAUGUGCUAUGCUCUCCCACAUUUCCAGGCAAUUGCACAUGCUGUAUACUUCAAGGCUUAGCUUAAAUCUCAUCUCUAUCUGGAAGCCGUCCCUGAGUUCCCCUUUCUCUGUGGUGCCCCCCUCCCCACCAUGGAUAAGACACCCUUCUUUUGUUCUCCCAUAGAACUCUAUGCACACCUGCUUUUUAGCAUUGUAUUUUUAUUGUGGGUUUACUUGUCAGUCUCUGAGUUCCUUAUUCAUCUUUAUUUUUUCAGAGCCUUGCACAGUGCCUAGCCUGUAGUAGGUGCUCAGUUAAUGCUUGUUGAAUGCACAUAAUGAGCAGCUACUGUAUCCAGCACUGUCCUGGGCACUGGAUGAUUAAGCUACAGCCCCUUCCCUUGAGGAUGUUAAAGUCCCAGCACUUUGGGAGGAGGAGAAGGAGGAGGAGGAGGAGGAGGAGACUCUUACAUAAAAACUGGUUAAAGUCCUAUGGCUAUCUGCUUCCCUAUGACUCACGGGCAUCUGCGCUGCACUCAGCGAAGGCCUUGCAGUCGGCAGUCUCCACUAUGCAGCAGUUUUACGGGAUCCCGGUCACCGGUGUGUUGGAUCAGACAACGAUCGAGUGGAUGAAGAAACCCCGAUGUGGUGUCCCUGAUCACCCCCACUUAAGCCGUAGGCGGAGAAACAAGCGCUAUGCCCUGACUGGACAGAAGUGGAGGCAAAAACACAUCACCUACAGCAUUCACAACUAUACCCCAAAAGUGGGUGAGCUAGACACGCGGAAAGCUAUUCGCCAGGCUUUCGAUGUGUGGCAGAAGGUGACCCCACUGACCUUUGAAGAGGUGCCAUACCAUGAGAUCAAAAGUGACCGGAAGGAGGCAGACAUCAUGAUCUUUUUUGCUUCUGGUUUCCAUGGCGACAGCUCCCCAUUUGAUGGAGAAGGGGGAUUCCUGGCCCAUGCCUACUUCCCUGGCCCAGGGAUUGGAGGAGACACCCACUUUGACUCCGAUGAGCCAUGGACGCUAGGAAAUGCCAACCAUGACGGGAACGACCUCUUCCUGGUGGCUGUGCAUGAGCUGGGCCACGCGCUGGGACUGGAGCACUCCAGCGACCCCAGCGCCAUCAUGGCGCCCUUCUACCAGUACAUGGAGACGCACAACUUCAAGCUGCCCCAGGACGAUCUCCAGGGCAUCCAGAAGAUCUAUGGACCCCCAGCCGAGCCUCUGGAGCCCACAAGGCCACUCCCUACACUCCCCGUCCGCAGGAUCCACUCACCAUCGGAGAGGAAACACGAGCGCCAGCCCAGGCCCCCUCGGCCGCCCCUCGGGGACCGGCCAUCCACACCAGGCACCAAACCCAACAUCUGUGACGGCAACUUCAACACAGUGGCCCUCUUCCGGGGCGAGAUGUUUGUGUUUAAGGAUCGCUGGUUCUGGCGUCUGCGCAAUAACCGAGUGCAGGAGGGCUACCCCAUGCAGAUCGAGCAGUUCUGGAAGGGCCUGCCUGCCCGCAUCGACGCAGCCUAUGAAAGGGCCGAUGGGAGAUUUGUCUUCUUCAAAGGUGACAAGUAUUGGGUGUUUAAGGAGGUGACGGUGGAGCCUGGGUACCCCCACAGCCUGGGGGAGCUGGGCAGCUGUUUGCCCCGUGAAGGCAUUGACACAGCUCUGCGCUGGGAACCUGUGGGCAAGACCUACUUUUUCAAAGGCGAACGGUACUGGCGCUACAGCGAGGAGCGGCGGGCCACGGACCCUGGCUACCCUAAGCCCAUCACCGUGUGGAAGGGCAUCCCACAGGCUCCCCAAGGAGCCUUCAUCAGCAAGGAAGGAUAUUACACCUACUUCUACAAGGGCCGGGACUACUGGAAGUUUGACAACCAGAAACUGAGCGUGGAGCCAGGCUACCCGCGCAACAUCCUGCGUGACUGGAUGGGCUGCAACCAGAAGGAGGUGGAGCGGCGGAAGGAGCGGCGGCUGCCCCAGGACGACGUGGACAUCAUGGUGACCAUCAACGAUGUGCCGGGCUCCGUGAACGCCGUGGCCGUGGUCAUCCCCUGCAUCCUGUCCCUCUGCAUCCUGGUGCUGGUCUACACCAUCUUCCAGUUCAAGAACAAGACAGGCCCUCAGCCUGUCACCUACUAUAAGCGGCCAGUCCAGGAAUGGGUGUGAGCAGCCCAGAGCCCUCUCUAUCCACUUAGUCUGGCCAGCCAGGCCCUUCCUCACCAGGGUCUGAGGGGCAGCUCUGGCCAGUGCUCACCAGGGCCAGCAGGGCCCUAGGCUGGGGUCGUACAGCUGAAGUGGUGGGUGCAUUGGCCUAGGCUGAGCGUGGGGCAGGGAAUUAUGGGGGCUGUGCCCCAGGGUGGGUGUCUGGCACCCAGCUGCCAGCCUUCUGUCCUGGGCAAACUACUCCCUACUUAAGGGAAUAGGCCAGGCUCCAUCCGGAGGCAGGGACCAUGCCAGGAGGAGCCCCUGUGGUCACGGCAUCCUGUGGUGUCCAUGAGGUACCACAGCUCCACUCCUGGCUGGAACCCAGCACCCUCUGUGGGAAGCCAGCACUAGCUCUCAUCCCCCAUCCGGGAGAUACCACCAGUCCUGGUCCCCUUUUGCCAACACCUGCUGGUCAGAUGUCCCCCUACCCCCACCCCACUGUCCUCCAAGGCUACAGGACCCCUGCUUCUGACACAGUGGGCAACAAGCCUGGGUUUCCCUGCUGGCAGACGGCAGAUCCCUCAGGAAACCUGCUCCACUUGUCAGGGUCUCUUCGGAGACCCAGGAUUUAGGGUCACAUGCUGCAGGCAGGGCUGUGGCCCAGCUGGGUCUGACAAGGACCCAGCUGUCACAUCGUGAAUAUUUAAAUGUCCUGUCACUACUGUCCCAUUUUGCAAAGGCUGCUUGAGGCUUUAGGUGAACUAGAGGUGACUGUCUUGGUGAUGAGGCCAGCAUAGCGGCCCUCCCCCAGGCGACAAGGACCAAGGUGCUGCUAAGGCCACUCUAGCGCCCAGACACCCCAGUAGCUGAGCUCUGCUCCUAUGGCUACAGAGCUGGGGCAGAAGCUGACCCCAUUUCUGGAGGAAGAUCCAAGUUUGUGACCGUCCUCCACUCCCCUCUAUUGUCACUGUCCCCAGCUUUGCUCCAGUCUGUCACUUGCAGCCUGGAGCUCAGCCUCACCAGUUAGGUGAGGCAGAGAUGGCUGCAGGGCCAACACUGGCAGAGCCUGGGAGUCCUUCGGAAGGGGACCAGGGCAUCUGAAGUGCUCAGUGCCCCCACUACUCUGAGGCCGACUCCAGCUACUCUGAGGCCGACUCAAUCUCUCGGCUGGAAGCAGUGUUUUCCCAGAGCUUGGCCCUUGCUGACCUCGCUCACUGGGCCCAUCUUCCCACACUGCUUUUAGAAGGACACCCCUACCGGUAGCAGCCCCAAGCUGAGGGGGCUCCCUUUUUGACCUUCACUGGCCUGCCCUUCACUGUCUCCAGCAGGAGUUCCUAGGGCUUGGCCUGCCUUGCUCCAGUACGGCGGAGGCAGCCCUGCUUGUCACUGAGGAGCCCUAGACAAGGCCAAUGGGUUCAUCAAUGCCCACUGGCUCUCUGCCAAAGCCAAAAAGAGGUGUCAGGCAGUCUCCAGCGUGCUGGCCGGGUCUCAGAUGCCACUCCUGCUCACUGAGCCUGCAUGGGCCUUGCCCCCGACCCUGUGGUCUCUGGGAUUGGGGUCGGCUUACCCUGUAGCACAGACAGGGACUCCUGCUGCCCUGGGAGCUGUCUCAAGCAAAAUCUCUUGUCCCAGAGGUGCCCAUGUGGGUCCGCUGUGUCCCCUGUCAUCAUCCUUGUUUUUUCUCAUUUUGGCCAAGGGCAGGCUCCCUGGGACAGGCAGGGAACAACUGCGGAGAUAUUAGUGAUUCAUAGGUUUGUACAGUGUUUUAUACUUUGCAAAGCACUUUAUUAGCUCACACCUGUCCACUCACAUGAAACUCGUGUUAGGCCCUGGGAGGCCGACGGUAACUCUCACCGUGCCCUCAGAUGAAGCACAGAGAGGUUGUUACUUGCCUGGGCCAUCCAGUGGGCUGGCUGGGUCUUGUGUCCCCAUCUGUGGACCCCUCUAGGGUCUGAGAUGAGAUGAGAAGUGUCUCCUGUAUCCACCUCUUCCUGGCCUCCCUUCCCCCACUUCCUGGUCCCUGUCCACUCCUCAGGUUGGUGCUCUCACUUCUUGAAAGCUCUAGGCACCCCCGCCUCCCGCCAGGCUCCCCGUUGGCUCCUGGCAGGCCAGCUGAGAAUGAACAGGAGAUGGAGGCAGGCAGCCCAGGCUGCAGAGGUGAGGGAUGUGGGGCCAGGCCCAGAGGGCUCAGCCUAGAGGCUUCCAAUCUCAGAUUCUCCUACCUGUGGUCAUCUGUCCAUCACCCCAGGACAGGGCAGACAGAGGGGCAAAGCACUGGGGGCCCCAGGGCCUAGCUUCCCCUCAGCCUGGGGGACAUCACAGCAUUUCAGUGUCAGUCACAUUUUAAACUGAUCAGCCUUUGUAUAAUGUUUUUUAAAUCAUUUCUAAAUAAAACAGAAAUACA